GCCAUCUCCACCAUAAUCCAUAUCCAUCAUCAUCCUCUCUCUCUCUCUCUCUCUGCGCUCUGUUCCUUCUGACUCUCUGUCUGAAGAGAACAGUGGGUCCAAAUCUAUGGCGGCUGUGGUCUCUGUUCUGAGCGUGGCACGGGUUGUACUUGUGUCCCUGGUGGCCUUUCUGGCCGUGGCUGAGGCCAGGAUUCCCGGCGUCUAUGCAGGUGGACCGUGGCAGAGCGCCCACGCCACUUUCUAUGGAGGGAAUGAUGCCGCGGGGACAAUGGGUGGGGCAUGCGGUUACGGGAACCUGUACAGCCAGGGCUACGGCGUCAACACUGCCGCGCUGAGCACUGCACUCUUCAACAAUGGGUACAGCUGUGGCGCUUGCUUCGAGAUCAAGUGCGCGAACGAGCCACAGUGGUGCCACGCUGGAAGCCCCUCAAUCUUCAUCACAGCCACCAACUUUUGCCCGCCAAACUACGCCCUCCCGAAUGACAAUGGCGGGUGGUGCAACCCUCCCCGACCCCACUUCGACCUCGCCAUGCCCAUGUUCCUCAAGAUUGCCGAGUACCGAGCCGGCAUUGUCCCGGUCGCUUAUCGCAGGGUUCCUUGCCGCAAGCAUGGCGGGAUCAGGUUCACCAUCAACGGGUUCAAGUACUUCAACCUGGUACUGAUCACCAAUGUUGCGGGAGCCGGAGAUAUCGUGAAGGUGAGCAUGAAGGGUUCAAAGACGGGGUGGAUGAGUCUGAGCCGCAACUGGGGACAGAACUGGCAAUCCAACGCGGUCCUCGUCGGCCAGUCACUGUCCUUCAGGGUCACGGGCAGUGACCGUCGCACCUCCACCUCCUGGAACAUCGUCCCCGCAAACUGGCAGUUCGGCCAGACCUUCACCGGAAAGAACUUCAGGGUGUAGCGCUGCUGCCCAUGGCGUGCUUAUAAGUUUUUCUUUAUUUCCCUUUUCCUUUUCUAAACUUAUUUUGCUGGGGAUGAGAGGAAAGAAUGGUAAUCUUAUCUCUGUUUGCUUUGGCUGGGUGGGGGGUUACAGUGAAAACCUUUUUUGACUUUGGGGAUGAAAAUGAAAACGGAGUGCUAGGAGAGUGAAUUAUAAUUAUGUAGGAGCUGAAGUGGCUAUAAAUGUAGCCCGCAGCAUUGCUUAAUACAGAAGAUAUAUAUACAAAUGUUUAUUUACUUUA